UUGGUUUCUCUUCUCACAAGUUAACCCAACCCAACAAAGACCAAGAGACCGAGGCUCCGAUCAAAAAUUUCCUCUUCCCUUCUCAAGUUCUAUUCUCAAACUUUGAGAAAGGGUAAUCGCUUGCCAUGGAGAUCUCUCCAGAAUCCACAACAACCCUCUGCUCUCACUGUGAGAGAGAUAUUCCUAGUUCAAACAUCGACCUACAUUAUGUGCAUUGUUCUCGCAAUCUGCAAAAGUGCACAAUAUGCAGAGAAAUGGUUCCAAAAAAGCAUUCCAAUGAGCAUUAUAAUGAAGCUCAUGCUCCAGUAGAAUGCACACUGUGCAAUGAAACAGUGGAACGUGAAGUUUGGUCUUCUCAUAAAGGUGAACAAUGCCCCCAGAGGAUGAUUACAUGUGAAUAUUGUGAAUUUCCACUGCCUGCUGUUGAUCUUUUUAAGCAUCAGGAAAUAUGUGGAAACCGAACAGAAUUGUGUUAUAGAUGUAACAAGUAUGUUAGACUUCGUGAGCGAGAUAAUCAUGACAUCCAGUUUCAUGGUGAUUCAAAUGACGAAUCAAAUAAUACUGCAGAGUCUUACAGGGAUGGCAGAGGACCAGUGAGAGAAGAAGGCGCUUACAGGAGGCAACCUCGUGAUUCACCAAACAAGAGGAUAUUAUUCACAAUUGCGCUAUCAGGGAUUGCUGUUCUUGUUGGAUCCUUUUUUAUGCAGAGAAGAAUAGAUACUCAACAAGAACAAUAGCUUAUGAGCGUUUUGCUACUUGCUCCUGGAAAAAGCGAGGUAUCAACUUCAUUCUCAUACAUGGAUCUGGGUUAUUUAUACGUAUCAUUUGUAAUGCUUAUCAUGUGUAAUUAUUGCAAACAAUAUCUCAUUGAUUGAGGGCAGAAAAACAUCUCGAGUUUAUUUUCUUAACUAAAGACCAACGUUCAUACGGAACGAAACAGUUGCUUUAUAUAUUUGUUUCAAGCUUCUUUAUUUGAAUGUCUAUUAUUUUU